AUGAGACUGGUACUGCAGCGUGUAACUAGCGCCUCGGUGUGUGUAACUGGUGAGACGGUGGGCCAAAUUGGGCACGGAUUGCUCUGCUUUGUCGGAAUUGGUCAUGACGACACGGACGAGGACGCUGAGUGGUGCUGUCGCCGUCUGCUGAACGCUCGACUGUGGCCUGAUGAGUCUGGAAAGCCGUGGAAAGCGUCGAUUAAGAGUCAGGGGUACGAGGUGCUGCUGGUGAGUCAAUUCACGCUGCACGGACAACUGGUGGGCAACAAACCCGACUUCCACCUCUCGAUGAAGCCUGAGCUGGCGAAGCAGUUUUACGACGCAUUCUGUGACCGCGUGCGUCGAGAGUACGUUGCUGACAAGGUGGCGGAUGGCAAGUUUGGAGCCUGGAUGGAAGUAUCAAUUGUGAACGAUGGACCUGUGACGAUGCAGAUCGAUUCGAAAGUCCGGAAGCCGUCGAAGAGUUGA